AUGGACGAGCAAGAACAUGACAUUGUUGUUCAUUUUAAGAACUCUAUUUUCACCAUUAAUGGGGUCGACCCUGAUAGGUAUUGCUGUAUAGAUAUGAUAAUAGAUGUUUUAGAAGUUACCAAUGUUUUUAUGGGUGAUAGUUUAUUGAAUGUAAUGAUUGCUAUUACAGUUUAUAGGCCAUAUGUUGGGUCUCCGGUGGGACUCCCACCUCCUCCAGAUGAAGGAAUAGGUGAAGAGCCAAAUUCAGAUGAAAUUGAUGACAAUGAACCUAAUGGUGAAAAUGAUGUCAGGGAUGCAAAUAUGCAUGAAGUUGAUGAUGUAAAUGGGGAUGAACAUAUAGGUGUGGGUGGUGAAAAUGAUGACAAUAUUUAUGGUUUCAAUUCUGAAGAUGAGGACUGUAUAGUUGAUGGUGAUGAUGUCCCCAAUGUUAGGUAUGCGUACAAUGAUGAUACCAUCAACACACAAUUAGAUGAAAACAGUGACGAUGGGUUUUCAGGUUAUCAAUCAAUGGAUGAAUGUUAUGUUAGUAGUAUAGAUUCUGAGGAACUUAAGGCUGAAGUGAAUGAAACACAUAGAAGGGGUAGGAAAAGAAAGUUAAAUGUCAGUGAUACUUCAAAAUUUAGAAUGGAGUUUAAUGUUCCUGAAGAUGGAAACACUGAUUGA